AGGUCCGGGAGCAGGGCCCUGGGGAACCAUGAGCGACAUCCGGCACUCGCUGCUCCGGCGGGACGCGCUGAGCGCCGCCAAGGAGGUCCUCUACCACCUGGACAUCUACUUCGGCAGCCAGCUCCAGAGCGUCCCCCUCCCGCUGGUGGACAAGGGCCCCCUCGAGCUGGUCGAGGAGUUCGUCUUCCAGGCCCCCAAGGAGCGCAGCCCCCCGCCCAAAAGAUUCAACUCGCUGCAGGAGCUGCAAUGGCUGGACAUCUUGUGCAACUACUUCCAGGAGCAAAGCAAGGACUCCGUCCGGCAGAUCAUCUUCUCCUCCCUCUUCAGCCCCCAAGGGAAUAAGGUGGACGACAGCCGGAUGGCCUUGCUGGGGAAGCUGGUCUCCAUGGCGGUGGCCAUCUGCCGGGUCCCCGUCUUGGAAUGCGCGGCUUCGUGGUUGCAGCGGACGCCGGCGGUAUACUGCGUGAGGCUGGCCCAGGCGCUGGUGGAUGAUUACUGCAGCCUGCUGCCCGGCUGCAUCCAGAGGCUGAAGCAGAUCUUCAACGCCAGCCCUCGCUUCUGCUGCCAGUUCAUCACGGCCGUCACCAUGCUGUAUGAUCUCUCGUCAGAUGACCUCAUCCCCCCACAAGACUUGCUGGAGAUGAUUGUCUCAUGGAUCUUCGAGGACCCCCGUUUGAUCCUCAUCACCUUCCUGAACACCCCGAUUGCGGCCAGCCAGCCGAUUGGAUUUUUGGAGCUCACCCCGCUCAGUGGCCUGAUCCGCUGGUGCGUGAAGGCCCCGCUGGCUUACAAGCGGAGGAAGCCUCCCGUCUCGAACGGCCUCAGCCUCAACGGCAAAAUCCCCGACGACUCGCUGGCCGGCCGGGAGAAGGACGGCCACCUCUGGUACUCCAAGCUGCACCUCAGCGUCCUGCAGGUUCUGAUGCUGCUGCAGGGCCACCUGACGGAGAAGAACCUCUACGGGCGGCUGGGGCUGAUCCCCUUGGACCACAUGGUUUCCCUGGUGGAGGAAAUCAGCAGACUCUCGGACGAGCUCAACCCCCUCCAUGCCGCCAAAGAGAUUGAGCUGGCGCUGGACCGGCUGGCACAGGCCUUGCACGUAGCCAUGGCCUCGGGGGCCUUGCUUUGGACCAGAGAGGAUCUCAGGACCGUGUGCUCCAGAUUACCACACAACAACCUGCUACAGCUGGUGAUCUCAGGUCCGGUCCAGCAGCCCACCCAUGCUGCGUUGCCACCAGGAUUUUAUCCUCCCAUCCAUACCCCGCCUUUGGGAUAUCCCACCCACACAGCACACCCGGCAAUGCCAGCGCACCCAGCUCUCCCUACCCACCCCGUACAGACAUUUCUACCAGGAAUGGCCUUUCCUUACCGGCCCAUCCGUUAAAAAGACUCCUCGGAUUCAGACUGCAACGUUGUAUGGGCUACUACGUUGAAUUUGUGUGUUCUUUCUGUCUCUGCCUUAAGUAAAAUAUUUUGUAGGCUCUUGCCUAAACAGGCAAGAAAAUGACUGUUUCACAACCUGCAAACUGUUACGUUGGGGUUUUUGAUAGUUUACAUAUUUUUUUAAAAGGGCAGAUUUUUUUGCUUCAAAAGUUAUAAUCUGACAGUUCUGUAAAAGCAGACAAAGAGAUGACUCUUAGUGUCCCAUUUCUGUUCUGUAGUAAACUUGAAACUGAUAAGGAAAAAGAU